GACAAGACAGGACAGCAAGCACCUGAGCUCCACGUCCAUCAGAUUCAGUACCCAGAGCCACUCCACUCUCAGGCGACCCAGGAGACCGAAGAAGAAUCAUGGAACCGGUGACGGCGUCGACGACGGCGACGGCCAAGCCCACCCUCCGCGUGGCCGCCUUCUGCGGCUCCCUCCGCAAGGACUCGUGGCACCGCGGCCUCAUCCGCGCCGCGGAGGAGCUGUGCGAGGAGUCCAUCCCGGGGCUGCGCAUCGACCACGUCGACAUCUCCGGCCUGCCCAUGGCCAACCCGGACCUGGAGACCGACGGCGGCGAGGGCUUCCCGCCGGCCGUCGAGGCGCUCCGCGACAGGGUCCGGGCCGCCGACUGCUUCCUCUUCGCCUCGCCCGAGUACAACUACUCCGUCACCGCCUCCCUCAAGAACGCGCUCGACUGGGCGUCCAGGGGCAGGCGCAACUGCUGGGCCGACAGGGCGGCGGCCAUCGUCUCCGCGGGUGGCGACUUCGGCGGGGGCCGGGGCUCCUUCCACCUCCGCCAGAUCGGGGUGUUCCUCGACCUCCACUUCAUCAACAAGCCCGAGCUCCACAUCAGGGCCUUCGCGGACCCGCCAAAGUUCGACGACGAGGGCAACCUCAUCGACGGCGAGACCAGGGAGCGGCUCAAGAAGGUGCUCCUCUCGCUCCACGCCUUCGCGCUCAGGCUCCAACAACACAAGGAAGACUGACUGACUGGCUCAAGAUCGAUGAUACCAAACGCCGUGUACCCCUACCGUGUUGGUUCAUCUACAUUUUCCUUCGGUUUGACGAUGUUCUGCUCCAUGCACUAGUGUUGUGCUUCCGUGAAAUAAUGUACUAGGAUAGUGCGUGCUACCUUUGUGUGUAAUGAAUCGCCCAAGAAUUGUACUGUACUACUGUUGAAUCGUGUGCAUGUUUAUGUCUUAGAA